AACUUAAAAGGAGGACUACAAACAAGCAACCAUUACUUCUGCAUGAAAAACUCAUCAUGCUUCAAAAAAAUUCAACCUAAGCUUGUUCUAUAUAACAAGCUCUAAAUCCUUACCAAUACCUCAAACCUCCUCAACUUUAAGCGAAAAAUCGAGCUACGAAAAUUCACACCAAAGAAAAAUGGACAAGAGAUUGGUACAAGUAUGUCAAGCAGGAAACAUAGAGGCAUUUUAUGCAUUACUUGAUGAUGAGCCUCACAUACUUAAUUUCAUAGAUGAUGUACUAUUUACUAGGACUCCUUUACACUUAGCUGUCUUAGCUCGAAAACCUUACUUUGCUAGGGAAAUCACGAGCUUAAGGCCGUCUUUCAUCACGAAAAUUGAUCGUUUUGGGUGUAGUCCAAUUCACUUAGCAGCAGAAACUGGUCAAGUUGAGAUGGUUAGAAACUUACUAGAAAAGUUAGCCCCUACAAAAAAAGAGCUAAGUAAGGGUAAAGAAAACAGAACUCCCCUGCAUGUUGCAGUGAUUUCAGGGAAGGUUGAAGUUGUUAAGUUUCUAGUCAAGUAUUAUCCUAGCUGCAUCAUGGACACGACAACACGAAACGAAACCGCCCUUCACCUUGCAGUGAAGAACAAGCAGUUAGGUGCUUUCUUGGUCUUGCUUGAGCAGCUUAAAUUGGUUAAUCAAUCUCAAGGGAACAUAACAAUGAUGGGUGCAGUUUAUGCUUCUUCAUUUGAUAAGAGUAAGAUGACUAGUGAUUUGUUGAAUUGUAAGGAUGAUGAAGGCAACACUAUAUUGCAUUUGGCUAUCAUGAUGAAACAGCAACAGAUGGUUGAAGCAUUGUUGAACACUUGCACCAAUUCAGCUGGAACUCUACAAGUAGAUGUAAACACCUUGAAUGGCAAAAACUACAAUGCCCUUGACAUUUUAUUGCAAUUUCCUUUGGAGCAAAGGGAUGCUAAAAUUGAAGAAACUCUUCGUCGGAUUGGAGCUAAGUCGUACAGCAAGCAGCACUAAAGACGUCCCUUUUACCACUCCGCCUACAAAAGCGUAAAAUUACCCAACCUUACAUAAAAAUAAAAUACCAACACGAUUGCAACCAAUAAUACUUUAAUUUCUCUAUCCAAAUGAUCAUGUUGAUAAUAGAACUAACAGUGUGACAGCUAAAUUAAAACAAAAUGAGUGAUGUUUUUAUCAUAAACACGUGUUACAUAUAUACCUAGAUGUUGGUUUGGUGGGAUUAUAUAAUUGUAUGAAUUGAAGUAUAGUAUUGUAUUAAGGAGAGCUAAUCUUAAACUUGCAUCACCAUAUAGGUAAAUAGGUUGCAUUUGAACUAAGCCAAUUGAUAUUAUAUCAAUUUUUAUGAAUAUGUGACGAGCAUUAUGCUAUCAUAGAUUCAUAAAUGGAGUGUUAAUGUUAAUGGGUAUACAUCAUAUUAACAUAAGUUGUUGAAUUAUUGUACUGUACUCUAUCAAUUUCUUUGUAAAGUAAAGGUUUCAAUACAA